AUGUUAAUUCUCUUAGGAGAAUUUUAGGUAUAUUUUAAACCAUCUUUAUAAGAUAGACUAAUUUUAUUACAAGUAGAUAGUGACUUUUUACGCUAAUGUCUAACGAUAGCGCUAGAAGCAUAUACAAAAGAAUUAAAAGAACUAAUACUGUCUAUGCAAUGUUGCCAGAACUAUUUAGAAAUUGUUAAUACAAUUCUUUGAGACCUCCUGUUAUACUAAAAACACUAGGGAAGCCUUAAUGAAAAAUUUAUAGAAAAAAUGA